CUCAAAACGCACAAUUUCGAAUCCUUCGUGUCAAUUUACAGACCGUUUGAUCAAACAACUUCGAAAAACAACGAUUAGAAAAUGAUCAAAUUCAUUGCCACCCAAGAGUAAAAUAUUAGGCCCGUGGAUGCCAAUUAUUGACACGCAACCAAUCAAAUUAAUCAAUCCCAACAUAUAGGAGUAUUUAUGGUGGUUCCGACAAUCUUUCCGAGAUUCUAUGAAAAUUCUACAUUGGGGUGGAUUGAUGGUUAAUAAAUGCAGCCAUCAAAUAGAGAGAAAGAAGCAGUGCUGGCUUGGGGAAGCGUGAUAUUUGAGGAAGAGCGGGUGUUGCUCUUCGGAGGCGUAGAAGAAGUGGCUGUGGAGGUGAAGAUGAACGACCAAGGAACUAACGACUUCGUUGGAGGGUCUGGGACGCAUAGGAAUGUCCACUCCGAUGAUCAUUUGGCCGUUGAAGUUCCUGACACAGCCCAUCAAAUCAGCAGCGAUUCCUGGUUUCAAGUGGGAUUUAUUCUGACCACCGGUAUCAACAGUGCUUAUGUGCUGGGAUACUCUGGUACUGUCAUGGUACCGUUGGGUUGGAUAGGAGGCGUUGUUGGUUUGAUUUUAGCAACAGCCAUAUCUCUAUAUGCAAAUUCUCUCGUGGCCAAGCUUCACGAAUUUGGAGGAAAGAGGCAUAUCAGAUACAGAGAUCUUGCAGGAUUUAUAUACGGCGGCAAAGCUUAUUCUCUUACAUGGGGACUGCAAUAUGUGAAUCUCUUCAUGAUUAAUGUUGGAUAUAUAAUUUUAGCUGGUCAGGCUCUUAAGGCCAUUUAUGUUCUCUUCAGAGAUGAUAAUGAAAUGAAGCUCCCUUACUUUAUUGCAAUAGCUGGGGUUGCUUGUGCCCUUUUUGCCAUUGCUAUACCCCAUUUGUCAGCUCUAGGGAUUUGGCUUGGAUUUUCAACAUUCUUCAGCCUAGUGUAUAUUGUUGUAGGAUUUGCACUAGCUCUUAAAGAUGGGAUUGAAGCUCCUUCCAGAGACUACAACAUUCCAGGAUCAACAACCAGCAAGAUUUUUACAACCAUAGGUGCAUCUGCAAACCUUGUUUUUGCUUUCAAUACUGGAAUGCUACCGGAGAUACAGGCAACAGUGCGAAAACCUGUAGUUGAGAACAUGAUGAAAGCGCUUUAUUUUCAGUUCACAUUGGGGGUUCUGCCCAUGUAUGCUGUAACUUUCAUGGGAUAUUGGGCUUAUGGAGUCAACACAUCAUCCUAUUUGCUGAACAGUGUCAAUGGUCCUGUCUGGGUGAAGGCUUUGGCUAAUAUUUCAGCUUUCCUGCAGACAAUUAUUGCUUUGCAUUUAUCAUCUUUCUAUCAAAUCUUAGUGGAGGCAGUUGACUCCAUUGCCUCCCUUUAAAUCCGCCAGUGUUUUGUAUGCAGCACUGAACAGGAUUUGAGAGUACAUUAUUGAAGAUUUUAUCUUAUUUUCUUCUUCAAUAUAGUUGAAUUACUGAACAUUUCUUUAUUGCACUAAUUGAAGAAGCGUCUUCUGUUAUAGAUAUUUGCAAGCCCGAUGUACGAGUAUUUGGACACCAAGUACGGAAUCAAAGGAAACGCUUUGGCUCUCCGCAACUUGUCAUUCCGAGUUGUAGUGAGGGGCGGUUACCUCGCCAUCACAACAUUUGUCUCUGCUUUGCUACCGUUUUUAGGAGAUUUCAUGAGCCUCACUGGUGCUAUAAGCACAUUCCCACUUACAUUCAUUCUUGCGAACCACAUGUACAUUGUUGCUAAGAGAAACAAAUUGACUUCCAUACAGAAGAGUUGGCACUGGCUUAAUGUCUGCUUCUUUGGUUGCAUGUCUGUAGCAGCAGCAAUUGCUGCAUUGAGGCUCAUUGCUGUAGAUUCAAAAACUUACCAUGUUUUUGCCGAUUUAUAAUAUUCU